AUGGCCACAACAUGCCCCUAUUCGUCCUCCAACCCCACUCCGACGCCUCCAUCGACAACAGCCCACAACACCUCCUUCUCCUUUCCACCCCACUACUCCUUCCCCCCCUUCUUCACCCUACAGCCCGUCGCCAGCACACGCAGUUCGCAGCUUGCAUCGUGGUCGUCCCUAAUACAGUCUUAUUGCCGACACAACCGCAUCUUCACCAUAUCGCUCAUUGACGCGCUCAAUACCCCGCUCUUCAACAACACCACUCUCCGCCGUAGCCUGUCUCUCCGCGACGCAAAAGCAAUCCUCAUGUACAUGGCAUCGCCAGAAGGUGGAAACCGGGCCGAGUUCAUAAGCACGAACAACAAAAAGGGUGCGAAAGCGGGAGAAGAAGGCGAAGGAGGCAAGGCGUGGAUAUACUGGCGGAGACCGGAAGAAUGGGCUGCGGCGCUGGAGGAGUGGGUUGAGAGAACGGGACAGAAGGGAACGGUGCUUACGCUAUAUGAGAUUGCAGAGGGGGACGUGUCGAGGAGGGAGGAGUUUUAUGGCAUGGAUUUGGAGUUGUUGCAAAAGAGCUUGGGAGUUUGCGUGAAGAGGGGGAAGGCCCAGGUGUUUGGGAGUGGAGGGGAAGGGGAGGGUGUCAAGUUCUUUUGA